GUGUGAUGCAUUGUACCGCAAGAAAUAACAUUGCGCACUACUUCUUUGACAAACUCAAAGAGGGCGGGAUAUAUUUACUCAAAGGUUUUACGGUACAGGCCACUGAUCAAUACCGGAUUCUGAAAGACAGCCCCUUUGUUAUUGGGUUAAAUGGUUCCACGAUUGUGAAGAAGGUUGACGAUGCCAGUGGUUCCUUUACGCGCUACCCGUUCUUACUUACGGCGUUUGAGGACCUCCAACCAACUGAGGGCAAGUUUUUUGUAGAUGUUGUAGGAUAUGUUACCGACGUGGGGCCGCAGUCUGUGAAAGCAACGGGUGCUCGCACGGUCGAGUUCAACCUAACAAAUGAACGCAAGCGCGGAGUUAGAGUGACGUUGUGGGGUCAGCUGGGUGAUGCUAUGCUCAAGAAGAAAGAACAAAACCCCGCUGUCUAUUCUAUAAUCUUGACUUCCAUGAGCGCAAAGUUUCACUUAGGCGCUCUUGGUUUGUCUAGCUCAACCUCAACUAUGAUCAUUGAUUCGCCCGAGGUGCCCGCCCUCCAAACUUUCAAGACAUCCAUUAGCUGUGUUGCCGUUGGAGAUACUAGCGAUCCAAUCACCGAGGAUGUGGUCUGUGUUGGUACGCUGCAAGAGCUUGUGGACAGGGUCCGUGCCGACAAAUCCAAAAAGAAGGUCAUCCUUUUCCGGAACGUUGUGGAGAUUACGUCUAUUAGAACCAAGAACAGCUGGUACCUUUUCGCGUGUUCCGGUAGCAAGUGUCGUAAGGGGCUGACAAGAGAGGACGGUUACUUCAUUUGCAAGGCGUGUGAAUCAAAGGUUGACUAUCCAAGGACAAGGUUUCGCAUUCAGGCGGAUGUAACUGACGGAACGAUGAGCACCGUAGUCGUCCUCUUUGAUGAAGCUGCUGAACAAUUGGUUAAGCGGACGGCGAAAUCCUUGGUAGAGGAACAGUUGAAGGAUACUUCUAUUGAUGCUCCCAUACUACCUUCCGCCCUCGCAGCCCUUAUUGGAACAAAACACACUUUUGAGAUUAAGAGCCAUACAUAUUACCAUUUUGGGGACUAUGAGAGCUUCACUUGUGCGAAGAUUGUUGGCCCUGGUAUGGAUGAUGCGGAUAUGAGCGUUGAUACUGUUGCGAUUGGUUUGGGCGCACCACCAUCCGGCUCCCUAAAGCGUGGUUCGAACCUCCCGCCGCCGACCCCUGUAACUGGACGCAAACUUAGAAAGUUCUGCGUUGAAGACUCGGAUGAAGAUGAUGAUGGGGUGCGGGUUGAUCGUAAAGAUGUUACUGAUGUGCUAGACGAUCGUAGGGAUGAUGAGGAGGGUUCUUGCUGAUAUGGCAACGCUCAUUCUUAAGCUUAUUUAAGUGUUUUCACAGUUGUGACUUUCUCUUUUAUGUAUUCAAAUAAUGUGGCUACGCUUAGGAGUUGUGCCCACACCAAAAGUGUAAUGCUUCUCUAUUGCACGAUAUAUAAAUGACAUUUCCAAACUCUGAAAUA